UGGGCCCGCGACGCGGAAUGGGGUCAGCUGGCCAAGUUAUAAUUAAAUUAACAACUUGGCAUUUUGAUAGAACGAUAAAACAAAGAAAUAGGAAAAAAAUCGGCGGAUGGCCGUCGAAAUCGAUGGCCAAAAACUUCAAAUCAGUUGGAAAAAUGUCUACAACUUGGCCGAAGCUACUGCUCACAGCAUUUUUCUUGGGCCAAUGCCAAAGUCAGUCCAAGAACGAUGUUCUGCAUGUUUUUGCCCCGCCGCUGCUAUCGACAACAAGUCACGAAGCCGGCAAAGUCAACAAUGUCACGCUGACUCCGCCAGGACUCAUCACCCAAGGACGGGAGCUGGAACAAGAGCUAGAGCUGGAGCUGGAGCUGGGACAGGACCCACUGACACCACAUGCUGCUUUAUCGUCACAGCGCAAACUCUCGAGAGGCAAACGCUUUGUGGCCUUUCCCGUGGGUUCAUCAGCAUCGGUUGCUGUCUGCUUCACGGUGGGCAUCAUCGGCAAUCCCUACUAUGCAUACAACAGUUUCGGCAUCAACUGGGGCGUGGCCUAUGAUUUGCCCAACACCACUUGGGUGUUGCAGCAUUUGCACGGCUUCUCAACGCAUCCCGUGGCACCGGCUGUGCUUCGACGACGCUCCCGGAGUAUGAUCUAUCAGAAGAUCGAGACAAUUGUGGAUAACAUGGGUUACAAUGGCCGUGAUUGCGUCUUGCGUACCCUCUGCGAGAGUCGUCAGUACUUUCAGCGAACAAAGAUGAACAUGGUCGGUGAGAUGCUACGCACGAUAUUCAGCCUGCCGAAGCAGCGAAUUUUCACACGGGAACUGCACGAGAACUCGGAUAUCGUUCACUAUGAUAAGGCCUAUCGCCAGGCCCACCUCGAUGACUGCGCCGCCCAGUACGACUGUCACUUUUCUCUGCUAGAAUUGGCCUUUGGCAAAUACACGACGCCACCGAAAAAUUAUUAUGCCCAAUAAAUUGUGCGAUACUUAAAAAUGUUCCCCAUCAAAUUAUUCUUAAGUGUCCACUCCGGUUGGCCUCUGUCUGGGAGUGAGGGGGACUGGCGCGCACUUGU